AUGAAAAAUAAAUAUAUAAUAGUUCUAUAUUUAUUUUUAUUAAUAUCACAAAUUUAUUGUGUUCCUCCAAAAUGUAUAACAACAAAAAAUGUUUAUACAAAAAGUCAGGUGUUUAUAGAUAAAGAUGGAGUUAAAAUAGAAAAGAAUGUUGAAUGGUGGGUUUUAGAACAAUUGAGUCACAGUAGAGGUGCUAUUUAUACUGAUAAUGAAUUAAAUAGGGUGAUUAAUGAAUUAGCUUAUUAUAAUAUUAGGAAUCCGCAUGAGCCAAACCCAAUUGCAUCAACAUACAAACAGAGUUAUCCAAAUAGCUCUGGUAAAACUAUAUAUAAUAGUUUGACCUAUAAUGAUCAACCCGUGGAGAUAAUAGUAACCUUAUAUCAUCCUCUUUAUAAUUACGGUACAGGGACUUUAGAUAAUCAACACGCGCAGCAUUCAAUUUGUAUAACUUUGUCAAAAGAAGAACUUCAUAUUAUUCCAAAGUAUAUUAUUAAUGGUAAUUUAAAUAUUCAAACCAUUAAUACAGUUUUUCCAGGUUCUGGAGCAAAAAGGGUAUCAUCAGCCUCUUUCUAUUCUGAAGACCUCAAAAAAAAGGUUGACGAGAAAAAAACAGGAGUCAUUAAGUUGGAAGUAAUUGAGAAAAUUGAACCAAAAAGAUGUUUAGUUGAUAAUUCAGAUUUAAUUUUAAUGGAAUAUUAUAAUGGGAAAAAGUUGAACUCAAAUUUAUUUAACAAUUGCGAUAAUACUUGUGACAAUAAUGAUAAAAAUCAAAUCAUUAAAAUUUUUAAAAAUAAGAAAUUUUUUAAUUGCAAAUAUUUGGCAUUUGAAAUUUCAAAAAGAGGUGAUUUACUUUUAUUAGAUGUAACUUUAUCUUUUUUAUUAUUUAGAUAUGGUAAUAGUGGUGAUACUAGUGGUAUUAGUGGUGAUGUUAUUGACCUACUUUCAAACAUUUUAAAUUAUUCUACAUCACAAUGUGGUCAUUUAAAGAUUUCCAAUUAUUUUAAAAAUUUAAAUAUUACAAUGGUUAAUGUUUUAUUAAAUAAUAUGAAUCUAUUAAUAUCAAUCGUUAUCAAUUCUUUAGAUAGUGGACAAAUCAAUGUUGUCGAUUCAUUUUCACUGAAUAUUCAAUUGAUUCAUCUCAUCAUCCAAUCUUUAAAGAAGUAA